AUGCAAAGCGUAUCGAAUAAUCUAACAGAAGAACGCAAGAGAAGGCGUAGCGUUCGUUACUCUGUUAUGAAAGGCUUGUUUGAUAAUGGAGCAGCGAACGCGACAGUGCGCCGUCUUGUUGCAAUGACUCGUGUAAAAUCAGCAAGCGGAGAAGGAAACAAUUUUGAGGAUGAACACUGGCGCGAAAAAGCGGUUAAAAGUUUGAUAAGACGACUGAAAAAAUCGAAAGCUAUCGAUGAAUUAGAAAAAGCUAUUUCAACUGAGGAUCCUAACACAGAUUGCGUUUGCAUUCCUCGGUCUUUGGAUGGCCGAUUGCAGGUGUCGCAACGUAAAUGUUUACCUCAUGUUAUUUUUUGUCGUAUGUGGCGUUACCCAGAGUUGACUUCCACUCAUCAAUUGAAAUCUGUUCAGCACUGUCGUUUUCCUUACAACAAGAAGCUAGAAACAGUUUGCGUGAAUCCGUAUCAUUAUGAGAAGGUUGAAACUCCUCCACUGCCUGCUAUUUUGGUACCUCGAAGUGAUAAUAUUUUUGAUGGAAAUACUAGUCUCUCCAAUAUAGGAGAUUUGUCCAAAGCUCUUCGAACCGCUUUUCCAGCUAUUGUGAGUCAAGGUGUACCGAAUCGUACUCUUAGCAGUAAUAGUCAAAAAAAUUGUCGAGAUGGUAGCAGUUCUCCCGCUCUUUCAUCACCAAGCAUGAAUAGCCCCGUUGAAAUAAACACACUUGAUGCUGUACCUUUAUCGCCAAUGAACAGUUCUACUGAAAAUCCAUUAUUCCCAAUUAAAAACGAAGCCAUUUCUCCACGUGAUUACGUGAGUGAUGAUUUGGAUGAGAAUCAGAGUCUUAUUUCACCGCAGAUCUGUCCUAGUGCAAGCGGUUCAUCUAUAGCAGAACCAAUUAAUGAUCUGAAUUUAAUUGCCGUCGAAUAUUGUGAACCGCCGUUUUGGUGUUCUGUGUCUUAUUAUGAACUUUCACAACGAGUAGGAGAAACAUUUCAUGCAUCUCAACCAUCAUUAAUCAUUGAUGGAUAUACGGCACCUUCAGAUGCAGAACGUUUUUGCUUGGGGCAGUUGUCAAAUGUUAACCGCACUGCAAGUGUUAUAGAAGCUCGAAAGCAUAUUGGUCGAGGAGCUCGCUUCUAUUACAUAGGUGGUGAAGUAUUCUGUGAAUGUCUAAGCGAUUCGGCAAUAUUUGUUCAGAGCCCAAAUUGUAAUCAACGACAUGGAUGGCACCCUGCUACAGUGUGUAAAAUUCCACCAAACUGUAAUUUGAAGAUUUUCAACAAUGCAGAAUUUGCUACACUCUUAGCUGCUUCAGUUCCUCAAGGUUUUGAGGCAGUUUAUGCUCUCACUCGAAUGUGCACCAUUCGAGUAUCAUUUGUGAAAGGCUGGGGAGCAGAUUAUCGUCGUCAAACAAUCACUGCUACUCCAUGUUGGGUGGAAGCGUAUCUGAAUGGUCCAUUACAGUGGCUAGAUAGUGUUUUAAAGCAAAUGGGUAGCCCACCAAAUCGGUGCACAAGUUUCACAUAA